AUGAAUCAUUCCAUCAGAACCAAGCUUUCACGUGCAAUUACCAACUUAGCCCUCCAACUCCCUUCUUAUACCUCCGAACGCAGACUAGCAGAACAAACCUGCUUGACCCUCCUUCAUUCUUGCAACACUCUCACCAACCUCACACAAAUCCACACCAUCAUCCUCAAAUUGGGUCUCCAUAACAACCCUCUUGUUCUCACCAAGUUCGCUUCAACAUCUUCUGAUCUCAAUGCCAUUCACUAUGCUUCUUCAUUCCUAUUCUCCCCCUCUAAUAAUAAUAACAAUCUCUUAUUGUAUGAUGCAUUCUUGUUUAACACUGUUAUCAGGGCUUAUGCUCAAACGGCUGGCUCAAAGUUUAAGGCUCUGGAGUUUUACAAAACCAUGUUUAGCUAUGGCGUUUUGCCAAAUAAGUUCACGUACCCUUUUGUGCUCAAGGCGUGUGCUGGCAUUGGUGACUUGAAUUUGGGGAAAAUGGUUCAUGGAUCUUUGGUGAAGUUUGGUUUUGAUGAUGAUCGUCAUGUACAGAACACUAUGAUUCACAUGUAUUGUUGUUGUGGGGAAGGGGUUGAGUUUGCUCGGAAGGUGUUUGAUGAAAGUCCCAAGAUUGAUUCCGUUACUUGGAGUGCUAUGAUUGGUGGAUAUGCGCGUCUCGGGCGGUCUAUGGAAGCUGUUGGAUUGUUUAGGGAAAUGCAGGUUAAGGGUGUUGUAUCUGACGAUGUCACCAUUGUUUGUGUGUUGUCUGCUUGUACCGAUUUGGGUGCACUUGAGCUUGGGAAGUGGUUAGAGUCUUAUGUUGAGAGGAAGAAAAUACCAAAGUCAGUGGAGCUCUGCAAUGCUUUGAUAGACAUGUUUGCAAAGUGUGGUGAUGUUGACAAAGCUCUGGAACUGUUUAGACAAAUGAGUUUUCGCACUAUAGUUUCAUGGACUUCGGUGAUUGUUGGUUUGGCAAUGCAUGGCCGCGGCUUAGAGGCUGUUUCGUUGUUUAAUAUGAUGAUUGAGCAAAGGGUGGCACCUGAUGAUGUUGCAUUUAUUGGGGUCCUCUCUGCUUGUAGCCACUCCGGGCUGGUCAAUAAAGGACAUUACUAUUUCAAUUCAAUGGAGAAGAACUUCAGCAUUGUGCCAAAGAUUGAACAUUAUGGAUGUAUGGUGGAUCUGUUAAGUAGAGCUGGACUUGUCAAGGAGGCUUUGGAAUUUGUUCAAAAAAUGCCUAUUAACCCAAACCAAAUCAUCUGGAGAAGCAUAAUCACUGCUUGUCAUGCUCGUGGUGAGUUCAAGCUUGGAGAGAGCAUCUCAAAAAAACUUAUCAGAAGUGAGCCAAUGCAAGAGUCUAACUAUGUACUGCUUUCAAACAUUUACGCAAAAUUGCUUCGCUGGGAGAAAAAGACCAAGGUUAGAGAGAUGAUGGAUUUGAAAGGGAUGAAGAAGAUCCCAGGAAGCACCAUGAUUGAACUGAAUAAUGAGAUGUAUGAGUUUGUCGCUGGAGAUAAGUCACAUAAUCAGUCGAAACAAAUAUAUGAAAUGAUGGACGAGAUGGGAAGGGAGAUAAAGAGGGCUGGCUAUGUGCCUACAACCUCACAGGUAUUGCUUGACAUUGAUGAAGAAGACAAAGAAGAUGCUUUGUAUAGACACAGUGAAAAAAUUGCCAUAGCUUUUUCUCUUUUGAAUACACCCCCUGGCACACCCAUUAGACUCGUGAAAAACUUGCGUGUCUGUGAAGAUUGUCAUUCUGCUACUAAGUUCAUAUCUAAGGUUUAUAACAGAGAGAUUGUGGUGAGAGACCGCAAUCGGUUCCACCAUUUCAAGAAUGGUGUGUGCUCCUGUAAAGACUUCUGGUGACCAGUUGAUUGAAGCAUCAUUAAUUUUCUUCACAUUUUCUGAAACUUCAAAAUUUUCAUGUCUGAAUAUCAUUUUGGGAUUACGAUUUUUAA